CCCUGGUCACCAAAGGGCAAGGCUUCCCUCUAACUGGCCGGUCCAGUCCAUGAAGGAGGGGGUGGGCCCUUGUGGAGGCAGUCUCAGAGUGCUGAAAUGACAGAUGGAGAGCUGGCAGGUCUGUCUUUGGGCAGACGGAUCGCCUGAGGCAGAUAUUGGUGCCCAAGCCCUGGGAUUGGCCUAAAGAAGGGUUGUGUUGCCCCACCGGCUGGGCUUUGGCAUCCUGUCCAACUGCUGUCACAUCCAGACAUAAAAGUAGCCUCGAUGUAGUGCUGGGGCAGUGUGCUGGGCUUAGCGAGGAAGCAGCGUCACCAUGCAGGUGCCAACCAAGCUCUACCCCAAGAACUGCCUGCUGACCGUCAUGGACCGCUACUCGGCCACGGUGCGCAACAUGGAGCAGAUGGUGAUGAUCCCCAGCCUCCUGCGGGAUGUGCCGCUGAACGGGCAGGGGCAGCAGGCUCAGGACAGGGCCCCUGAUUUCUAUAAAUACUUCACCAUGCUCAAGGCCAUCCGCGUGGAUGUGGACCAUGGGCUGCUGCCCCGACAGGAGUGGUGGUCCAAGGUGGCAGGUGGCAGAGCCCAUGAGUCCAAUCACGAAGAUGCAGAGACAGAAGACGAGGAGGAAAGGAUCUUGGGGCAGCUGGACCUGGAAGCUCAGUUCCACCUGCACUUUUCCAGCCUUCAUCACAUCCUCACCAAUCUUACCCUGAAAGCUGAGGAGGUGACAAGGAAAUACCAGGAGAUAAUGGGACAGGCCAUGUAGGCCUUGGACUCUAGGGAAGAUCCCUUCAAGUGACAGAAGGCAGACUGUGUGGUGAGGACACGAACACUAGCUCUGAGGCAGAUGGGAAUGGUUGGGACCUGCAGCUGGAUACGAAGGCGCCUUGGUGUCCUGGGAUGCUUUCCUGCCUCCCUCAGAGCGCCAGUUUGUGGACUUGGCACCAGGUCACCUUUAGAAUGCUUGUUGCUGGGGCGCCUGGGUGGCU